AUAAAUUUAGAUUUAAUUUGAAUUGUGUUUCCAUUAAUGGCUUUUUUUCUUGGGUAGGGUAAGGACUAAGGACCGACUCUGACUCGGAUUCCAAACUCUCUUCACUCACUCAAUCCACGACCAUGAAUGAGAGGAAGAAGAAGAAGAAGAACACGACGACGAAGACGGCAGCGGAGAAAAAGUUCGGCGUGUUCGAGUUUGACGACAACGAUAUGAACAUCGAGCAGGUUCCCAAAAAGUUCCCUCCUCGGAAACUCGGAAUCCAUGGAAACAAGAACAAGGCUAAUAAUAUUCCCGAUCAGUCCCCCAUAAACAAAUACCACGUUCUCGAAAUCUUUGCACGUGGCACUGAGAAUGUACACCAGGAUGCUGAAGCUAUUGAUGUUGAUGGUGAAGGUUUCCACUACUCAUAUUCUGCUGUAUCUCCAAACAAUACUCGACUUGGAGAUAGUCCUGUCAAAGUGGAGAACUCUGGGGUGGAUGCCUAUUUGAUAUCUAGCUCUUCAUCUCAUAAAGUAAAUCGCGAUCCUAAUGGUGGUUUCCAGUACACAUAUUCUGCUGUAUCUCCGAACAAUACUCGACUCGGAGAUAGUACUGUCAAAGUGGAGAACUCUGGGGUGGAUGCCUAUUUGAUAUCUAGCUCUUCAUCCCAUGAAACCAAGCGAUCUGGUAGAAUAUCAUUUGAAACCCUCAGUACUGAAAUGAGCUCUUUGUCAACUUCACCCUUUUGCUAUGAAGAGAAUCAAAUUUCCCCGGAGAAACAACAAGUACAGGCAGAUUGUGGUGGACAUAAACUUGAUGACAAAGACAAAACUGUUAAAAUCUUCCCUGAAUUUUUUUUAUAUCGAGACAUACAAUAUAUGAAAUCUUGCUUAACAUUUUCAUGCCACUGCAUCAAACUAGAAGGUUCCCCUUUAACUGGGACUCCCAAAACAUUCUCCUUUCAGUGGGCUACUGACGAUAUUAUUAAUAUUGAAUCAGAUUGGUCUGAAUCGGUCGAAACUGCCCUUGUUGUCCUUCAUGUUAAGUUAAAUACUUCAAAAAUCAAAGGAAAUGCUAGUAAAACUUCAGGUUUUGAGUCAUUGCGGUUUUCAGUUUAUGACCCUGAUUGGGCCGAGACACUCGAAGCAAUCAAAUCAUUAGGUGUGGGAUACAACAAUAAAUGGAAUAUUGAUUUUGAUGAUAACAUACCAAGUGGUGGAAAACAUUUGUUUGGGCACAGUAGCAUGCUCUCUCCUACGAGUUCCAUAUCUAGUUAUGAUGAGCGUUUUGAAGAUGUUAUCUAUCCUGAAGGAGAUCCUGAUGCAGUUAUUAUUAGUAAGAGAGACAUGGAGCUUCUAGAGCCGGAGACAUUUAUCAAUGAUACUAUAAUCGACUUUUAUAUUAAGUAUCUGGCGAACAAGAUUCAAUCAGAUAAAAGGCACCGUUUCCAUUUUUUCAAUAGCUUUUUCUUUCGGAAACUUGCUGAUUUAGACAAAGAUCCAUCGAGUGCUUAUGAAGGCAAGGCAGCAUUUCAACGUGUUCGUAAAUGGACGAGGAAAGUCAAUCUAUUUGAAAAAGACUUCAUAUUCAUUCCGGUAAAUUAUAGUCUUCAUUGGAGUGUGCUUGUCAUCUGUCAUCCUGGUGAAGUGCAUAAUCUCAAAGGUGAAGAAUCUGAAGCCACAUCCAAGGUACCAUGCAUAUUGCACAUGGAUUCUAUUAAGGAAAGUCACAAAGGCCUGAAGAAUCUCAUCCAAAGUUACCUAUGUGAAGAAUGGAAAGAGAGGCACGGUGGUGCAGCGGAAGAUGUUUCUUCAAAAUUCUUAAAAUUGAGAUUUGUUCCAUUGGAGCUGCCACAACAGCAAAAUCUAUUUGACUGUGGUAUUUUCUUGCUACAUUAUGUGGAGCUUUUUCUGGAGGAAGCUCCUCUUGAGUUCAGCCCCUUUGACAUCUCCAAGUAUUCCAAAUUUUUAACUAGAAAUUGGUUCCUACCUGAAGAGGCUUCUCUGAAAAGAUAUGUAUUGAAGAAGCUAAUUUAUGAGAUCCAUGAUCAUUCUCAUAAAACACAUCUGGCCGAUAGCAUUAAAGAAUGCCCUUCCGUAGUACCCAAUGAAACAGAUAACCAAGAAGUUGGAGUGAUCUUUCUUGAAAAGAUAGGCAUUGCAUCCAUUUCCAAUCCUGAUGAUUGUGGAAUUUCUUUGUCAGAAACUUCACUCUUAAGAGGUGACCAGUGCUAUAGAAACUCAGAUGAUAUUGCCUGGCCGUCGACUCAUGCAAAUCUACAGCUAUCUGUUCCUUAUGAUAGAAGUAUCUUGUCACCGAUCGAGGAAACUGAAGAAGCUGGAGGUCAAGAAACCAGGUCGCCAUUAGAUAAGGAAGAAUAUCACCAAGUCGGGGAAUCUACAUCUGAUCUUUUCUCAAGGUUCCAUAUCGAAGACUUAGAGACGUUUGGGAACAAUGAACUCCCUAUAAACUGUAGGGAAGUUAACGAGGGGGAUCCAAUAUGUGGAACAUCUAGUGGUUUUCCAACGUUGCAAGAGAUAGGAUUAGAUGUAGUUAUUCCAAUCUCACUGCAGGAUAUGGAGAGACCUGACCAUUUGGCUGAACCAGUUAAGGAAGAGUGUUCUUCAUCCUCAGGUAAAGAACUUACUGUUAUUGUUGCAAAUUCUUCCGAAGAGGGUAGUAAUGAGAUCGGUUCUACUCCCACUAUCUGCAUAGAAAACGAAGCUUGUGUUGUACCAGAUUCUGAAGAGAAUAGUUAUGAUAUCAGCUAUAUCCCUUGUAUCGAUGUAGAAAAUGAUAUCGACGAAAGGGGUAGGCCAACUGAGAACAUCAUUCGGAAAAGAAACAUCAUUCGGAAAAGUACCAAUCCUCCUUCAAGCAGUGGCAAUGCAGUGUCAGAUUCAGACGAAUUGCCAACUACAAAGAAGCAAAGACACGAGGCUCGCAUAGGUGGAAGACGAGCCACUGGAAGUGUCUCAAAAUGAUUUGCAAAUAUAAGGGUCUUGUGAAUAGGAUUAUUGGCUUUUUGUAUAUCUGGUUUGAAUAGUAUUUCUAGUGCUAAUCUAGUAAUGUAGGGAGGUAGAUAGAAAGUAUAAGUUAGUCUAAAUGAAUUGCUAAAAAAUGUUUGAAAUCAAGUGUAGGAAUAUCAUCAUAGUUAGUUUAAAAACAGUCUCCUUAUUGGUAUAGGUAGAAGCUAAUCAUAUCAUAGUUUCUUGGCUCAAAAGAAGCAUUUUCUAGUACACAUUAUUAUGUUUCUACCCAUGUUUUGAUUAAUUUUCCUUUGGUUAAUACAAUGGUUCAUGCUAAAUGU